UUUUUCCUGUAGUAAUUGUUUGUAUUCAUUUGUUUUAUUUUUUUUCUGUUAAUUAUUUGGGACAAAAGAUAUUGGAUCACAGCGACAAUUUUUUAUCAAGAAUGUAAGCUAUUAGAAAUCAAUCUAUGAUCAAUGUAAUUGAAUAUAUGAGAAUCAUUGCUAUACAUUCAGUUUAUUUUGCAUUGCAUAUAAAUAUACUAACAUUUUAUUACUUAAAAUGUAUAUUGCACUGCACACAAAUAUGUUUUUUAUUGUAUAAAAAAAUAUAUUCAUGUUAUUAUAUGUAUCAUUAUAAUACAAUUAUAACUUUAAUUGUAAUUCUUAUAAUUCUAAUUUAUUAAACAAAUACAUAUAAAAAAAUAUUAGUAUAUUACUAUUAAUAUUUUCAGAUAUAAUUGCAAAUGGUAUGUGACGCCGUUGCACGUGCGGAAAUUGAUAUUAUUUAUAAUGCAAAGAAGUUCGAAAAAUUGUAUGCUACUCGUAGGUGGUAUCUAUAUUGUGUCGUUAGAAGGUUUUGCCGUGGUAAUUAUUGUUAGCAUUAUUUUUCACAAAAAUGAUAUCAUUCUCUCUGUCGAUGAUCUCUUUGUUCUAGAGUAUGAGCACAUCCAUGUCCUACUUUAUGGUCAUUUAUUCAACACGAUCAUGUUCUAAAUGAAAAUUCUUCGAUGUAUUGUGCAGGGAUAAUUUUUAAUUGUGACACACGAUACGGAUUCAAACUUUUAAUCUUUAUAACAUUUCACACAAUUACGAGACAUCACGAAAUAUAUUGCAAUCUAUUUUCUAUAUAUUAAAUAUUGAAUUAUAUAAAUGUUUCAAUCACUUUAAUUCUUAAUUUUUAUUCCCACAAAGUGCGCCAGGUUUUUUAAUCAAGCAUAUAUUUUUAAAUAUCCGUAAUUUUGUAAGUGUCAAUGUUUGCAAUAAAUAGGAAGCUAUCUCUAUAUGUCUCACGAAUAAGUUUAUGAAAUGUCUUGUACGACAAACAAGAUGAUACUAAUAGUCGGACGAAAUCGAAUGGAGCAAUUGCGCUUGCGUAGAUAAGAAAUGAAAUAGGAGAAAAUACUGUGAGAAAUACUUUGAUAAAAGUCCUGGUGUAUAGAGUAAAAUAUCGCAUAAUUUACAUAAUUGCCGACACCGGCGACUUCUCUUAUUGUGUUGUGAAAGUAGUCUUUAUUUUUCUCACUAUUUUUCUCGUCUUUACACAGCUGAAUAUUAAUUAUGAAAUUGGAUAAUGUUUGAAAUCGUAGAGGGAAAUUUUUUAAGAAAAGUGUCUCUAAUGAAAGGUUUUACUGAAUAUCGCUGAAACAAAGGAUGCUGGAGCGUCUUAUGUACAGUCGCGCGAUAAACUUUGAAGAGAGAUGGAUUUUCUUGGGUAUCGAUAUUAUAAAUUGUAUCGGCUUUCCUUAUUAUCACUUAGUUUGUGGCCAUAUGGCAAAUCAUUCCUUAAACAAAUCCAUGCAAUUUUCUGUAUCUUUCUGCUUAUAUCUUCAACAGUCACUCAGUUGUUGAAAUUGUUUACAAUGGAAUUUGAUCUUGAACUUGUAUUGACUAAUCUGUCGUUUGCUUUUCCUUCCGUGAUUUAUCUUGUGAAAUAUUUUGCCUUUUAUAUACAGUCUCAAAAGAUCAAGGAAUUAAUGGAACAAGUUCAAAAUGAUUGGAAUGCACUAAAAGAUGAGCAGGAAGUCGAGAUAAUAAAAAGAUACGCCAAGCGUGGAAGAAAACAUUUAUAUAUAUUCGCGGGCCUAGUUUAUCCCGGUACUAUUGGUUUUAUUUUAUCGCCGCUUUUGCCAGACAUUCUCGAUGUCGUAGCACCGCUAAACGAAUCCCGUACACGGAGUCUUCCGUAUUUAGCGGAAUACUUUCUCGAUCAACAAAAACAUUUUUAUCCGCUAUUAUUGCAUAUAAAUUUAACGAUUAUCGUAGGAAUUGUCACUAUCAUAAGCACGGAAACUUUGUUCUUUGCAUAUGUUUAUCAUAUUUGCGGCAUGUUCGAAAUAACCAGUUAUCGAAUAGAGCAUGCGUUGGACGAGAGUAUGUCAAUAUUGUCUACAUUGAAUAGGGAAAAUACAAUUCGUAUGAAAAUAAUUGAUGCUGUAGAGAGUCAUCAGAAAGCCAUCGUGUUUUUUGAAUACAUGUCGUCUACAUUUGCAUUAUCCUAUUUUAUUCUAAUUAUUCUGGGGGUAGCUUCCUUGAGUAUCAACUUAUUCCGCCUUUUUCAAGUUGCCGUUAUUAUGUCAGAUGAAAAGGAAAAUUUUUUAUUAUUCCUAAUAUUUGUAGUCGGUCAUUUUUACUAUAUGUUUAUAUGUAAUUACAUGGGACAGAAAAUCAUAGACAACAGUACGGGAAUUUCUAGAAAAACAUACGAUACGCAGUGGUAUACGGCGCCUGUGCAAAUACAAAAACUACUACUAUUCAUGAUGCAAAAAAGUAUGAAUUCUUGUAAAUUCGUCAUGGGCGGCAUUUACUCAGUGUCAUUGGAAAAUUUUACUACGCUUGCGAGCAUGUCACUAUCUUACUUCACGGUAAUUUAUUCCGUACAACAAUGA